ACGUCAUAUUUUCAUCAACCAGGAAGUGAAGUCUGUGGCGUGUGGAUGGAUACCUGCAUGAUCCCUAGUUUAAUGUACAGUGCGUGUUGAGCCGGUGACAACGCCUAUUUCGUCCUGGUGAUUAACGUUUUAUAAAUAGCAAUGCCUAAAGAUGAGGUGGUGUAUUUGGCAGUUAUUGCUGCAUCCAUCCCUGUUGGGUUCCUGUUUCGUUACCUCAGUGUGCCAGUGAAGCAGGGGGCAGCUCUUCUCCUGGGCCUCGCCAUCACCAUCGCCACCUGUGGCAUCCACACACUCCACUCUCUGGUGACGGUGAUUGGAACAUGGAUUAUCAUCAAGAGCCGCUGGCGGCAUGCCCCAGCACUGACUCUCAGCUGGACAUUUAUUUACCUCCUCAUUUUCCGAUUGAUCUUUCGGUUUAAUCUCUCAGCGCCGGCACCUUUUGCCAACGCCAUCCAGCUACUUCUCACGCUCAAGAUGGUGAGUCUAGCCAAUGAGGUCCACAGCUUCCACACGGAGAAGAAAAAAGAUGUGAGCUCUUUUGCCCAGUCUCCUGCUAUUGGUGGUCUGUCCCAGGAACCCUCAUUCUACGAUGUUCUGUCCUAUAGUUACUGUUAUAUCGGUAUGAUGACCGGCCCGUUUUUCCGCUUCCAAACAUACAUUGACUGGCUGAGACAGCCAAGCCCACUGGCUUUGCCUGGUUUGGUGCCUUGUCUGCAGCGCUUGAAGCUGGUCCCAGUCUAUGGUGCUAUGUUCCUGGCUGUCAACUCUGUCUUUCCACUGGCUUACGUCCGCACACCAGAGUUCCUGGAUGAAAACAUCCUCUUCAGGUUGUUCUACAUGGUGGCGGUGUUUUUUGUUUUCAGGAUGCGUUUCUUUGCUGCGUGGUGUGGAGCUGAGGCAGGCUGCAUCAGUGCAGGCCUGGGCUGCUAUCCAGAAAAGGCACUUUCUAAACCUGGAGGAGGACCUACUGUCAACUACAGCGCUGAUCCCUCAGCUGAAGAAAAGUAUGACUUCAAAACCAUCCAGAAUAUUGAUUGUUACAACACAGACUUCUGUGUGAAGGUCCGACACGGCAUGCGUUACUGGAACAUGACAGUACAGUGGUGGCUGCAUCAUUACAUCUACCCCAACGCCCCCUUCAGGUCCUACACGCUCAGGGCUGGUUGGACCAUGUUCAUCAGUGCCUACUGGCAUGGAUUACAUGCUGGCUACUACCUCUCCUUCCUCACCAUCCCCUUGUGCAUCGCGGCAGAGUCUGCCAUGGAAGCCUCCGUCAGAGCUAAACUUGGGCCUCGUGGACAAAAUAUCUUCGAUUGGGUUCACUGGUUCUUGAAGAUGAGGGCCUAUGACUACAUGUGCAUGGGCUUCGUGCUGCUGGAGGCCUCAGAUACAAUCAACUACUGGGCGUCUAUCUACUUCGUCAUCCAUGUCGUUGCCAUUUCCUGCAUAGUAGUAGGAAGGGCUCUAAAGGGAGGGAAAGGAGAAGGGAGGAGAGGGGACAAGGAACAGAAAAGAGAAGGAGAGAAGACAGAAAAUGCAAAAGAGGGAACUGGAGAGAAAACAGACUGAACAGAGGGACAUAAAAUGCCUGGUUCAAGCCUUUCUUGGGACACAAGGAGUUGCUCAAGUCUUGAAAUCCUAGACAUCACAAUCACAAAUAAUCAUGCUUGUACCAAGAAACAUCACACAGAUCCAAGACCAGUUCUUUUGAGAACUGAUGAUAUUAUGAAAAAUACAGAUAAAAGUGUACCUUGUAAAUCCUGGUUAUAAAUUACUGGAGACGUUUUGUCUACAUAAAAUGACUUUGUAUUGGGAGAUAUGGAAGAUGAAUGUUUGAGCUCAGUGAAUCUUGCUUUUAUAGUCAAAGUAGAAGCUGGGAUGUGGGCCGAUUACCCAUCUCAGCUGUGUGCAUUUUAGUCCCGUUAUGAUCAUUUUGCAACUCUCAAGUCAAACUAAAGUGGUUGACGUGUUUUAAAAACAGUGAGAUGAGUCAUAAUCAUAUAAACUGGCUAAAAAUGGUCAUUUAACUGGCAAACCAAAAUUUGUCAUAAGCAACAAAACAUUCAAUAUGGUGGCCUAUACAGGACAGAAAAAUGAGUCAAAUUGUGAUAAAAAUAACUAUUGUGGUACCAUUAUCAGGGCUCAGUGAUGUAUAGGAUUAAUAGUAAAAUUCAAAUUGGCUUAUGUUUGAAGAAGCAAUUUAAAGUCCAGAUAAUAUUUGUAUUUCUGCCUCCUAGAAAUGUAUCUGUUAUUUCAUGAUAACAUCUCUGUGCUUUGGUUUGUUCCAGUGAUUCUGUAAAUCCAGAAUGUUUCUGUCUGGACUUUUCCUUUUUCUGCCUGUUAUUGUAAGCAUUUCAGAUCAAAUCAGGAACACAUGCACUGACAUGUCAACGUCAGUGCUGUUUCCGAUGUGUUUGUGCCCUGUGAAAUUUCUCACACUCAGGUGCCACGUUGGUCUUCUUUGUAACAAUUAAAUGUUUUGGCUCUUUAGCUAGAUGCAGAAUAAGUAUUUAUACGUGCUGAAGCACUUCUCCAAAAAGGCAGAAGGACUGAAAGAAAAUAUGGAGCCUGUCGAUGGAACACUUUUUUGUUGUUGUUGUUUUUCUGAUUUACCUCGCAUGAAAAGCAUUUUACUACAAUUCCUGGUGUGCUACUGUUUUUCCCUUAUUUACCAUGUGAAAUAUACAAACAGUCCAUUCACUGCCAAAUGUUAUGUACUGCCAGCGUGUACCAUUCAGGGUUGGGACCAUGAGAUAAUCUGAAUUUCAUGUCAUUUCUAGAACUGGUGAGCUUAGUCACCAUUUUAACACAGCUAAGGAUGGAUGAUACUGUCAAAAUACUUUUUUCAAAGUUUGUUCACAAACUUUUCCUGCAUUAAAUGUGUGUGAAUAUUUAAAAACCCGAGUAAUUGUUUUAAUUUAUUAAACCAAUUUUCAUAAUAAUAACCUACUUCAAAAUGGUUAAUUACAUGAAGCAAAAACAGCUAAUUUUUAAGCAGUUUGAUGCAUAUACGACUGCAUUUCACUGCCAUCUUGUAUGUGCAUGUGACCUAUAAAAAACUUGAAACUUAAUCAUAUAUAUAUAUAUAUAUAUAUAUAUAUAUAUAUAUAUACCUCUUCAAACUAAAUAUUUUAUUUGUUUAGAAAGAUUUUAUUCUUUCCAUUUUUUUAUUCAAGUUAUAGGUAAAACUGAGAUUUGAAUUGCAACUUGAUUUUGUGUUAUACUGUUUUACCCUCUGUAACAAAUCUCCUUGGAGCCCCUUUAUUAUUGGACAGUAGUAUUACUCAGCUGUGGUGAUAGAAAUCCUGUUUUACUUUUGUUGUCAUCUCUGGAAUAUUUAUUCUUUUUUUGGUUUGAGUUUUUGGCUGUAUAUUCAGUACCAGCUGUAACUUCUCCUGCUUUGUAACACGGUUACAUGUGGAUUAAAGACUAUCUGCACCUCCUCA